AUGUUUCCCCUAAUUUAUUCUUGUCUCUUUUGUGUAUACGCAGAGCACAAAGUAAUCAUAGUAGGACUUGAUAAUGCUGGCAAGACUACUAUUCUUUACCAAUUCUUAAUGAAUGAAGUGGUUCAUACGUCUCCAACUAUAGGAAGCAAUGUAGAAGAAAUAGUGGUGAAGAACACUCAUUUCUUAAUGUGGGAUAUUGGAGGGCAAGAAUCAUUACGGUCAUCAUGGAAUACCUAUUAUUCAAACACAGAGUUCAUCAUUCUUGUUGUUGACAGCAUUGAUAGAGAGCGACUUUCUAUUACAAAAGAAGAACUUUAUAGAAUGCUGGCUCAUGAGGAUUUACGGAAGGCUGCGGUUCUCAUCUUUGCAAACAAGCAGGACAUGAAAGGUUGUAUGACAGCUGCCGAGAUAUCUACAUACCUCACCCUUAGCUCCAUAAAGGAUCACCCGUGGCACAUUCAGUCCUGUUGCGCGUUGACAGGAGAAGGAUUAUGCCAAGGCUUGGAGUGGAUGACUUCCCGUAUUGGAGUGAGAUAGCUUCUUUUUUUUUUUUUCACCCACAAAAAAAGAAGAGACUUCUAUUUAUCCUGUGAACAUGUACAUUUUUCUGUACUUCUAGCUGCUGAGGCAGUGACCAUGUUUAAUUUAUAUCAGCCAACCUUCAAGCUGUACUUGAAUCAAGUGCAGUUGAACUGAAACACAAAGUAUUUUCUUAACUUUUUUUAAUACACUAAUCUUCAACUGGAUGAACAUAUGUGAAUCUGUUUUUAAGCAUUUAAAUUCCUCUGAAUAUGUAUUCUAACUUUUUAAAUGAUAGCUUUUUAAAAUCUGUUUUAUCAUUGUCAAUAUUUCAUACUUCCUCUUUCUAAAUAGUUUAUAUAACUUACUAACAUAAAUGAGCACAGUUUAAUAAUGAAAAAGUAGCGAGUAGGUUGACUUUACUCUGGCAUAGCUUUAGCCUCUAAGGAUAACUGUAUCUUCAGCUGGACUUCCUGGAACACCUGUAGAGUUCUACCCAGCAUUGGAGUUAAUAGUUGUGAAUACAGACUUUUAAAUGCUGAAUGAGUUAGUUAUAGUUAAUAUUGUGGUGGCUUUUAACCUGGUAUAUAAUUAAACUUCUGCCUUCAAAGAAAUCUAUUUCAUUCUCAGUUUCUCUGGUAAGUGGUUCUAGGAUAUGAUUCUUUUUUAUUUACUCGAAAGUACAUCUCUGUACAGUGGCUAAAAAUAUUGUUAUUAAGUGCUGGUUUAGUCAUUUAGAACUUAAAUAUAUUUUUUAAAAGAAACCUCUUGAUAAUUAAAUUUGGAAUCAUGACAGCCAGUGUUAUGUGUAGACUUGCUGUAAUCUGUUUAAAGUUUUAAAUACUGUAUACAUGAGCCUUCCUCACCUUGUAGUGAGAGUGCUGUUUUCUAAAUGAGUGCAAAAUCAAAAGGGAAGCCAGAUUCAUAAACAGAACAAAAUCAUGGUGCUGUAUCUGUAGACUUCACAGUGAAGCUAAUCUUCACAUUUAUUUAUCUACUAUCAAAUAUGUUUUCAGAUUCUGUUGCAGAGACAAUUAUUUUGCCUUAAUUUUUGGUUUUACUCUCAUUUGCAAGAGUAGAGAA